UCGAAUCAAGGGGCAUCUGCAGAUUUGCAUCAACAUGGAUGAGUUCAUGGAGGACCACCACUGUGGAGACUCUCUCUUCCCAACCUCCACCCUAAUCCCUGUCACCACCAUUUGCAUCCUGCUCUUCGCCGUCGGCAUAACUGGCAACACCAUGACCAUCCUCAUUAUCCAGCGCUUCAAGGACAUGAAGACCACCACCAACCUGUAUCUCUCCAGCAUGGCCAUCUCAGAUCUGGUCAUCUUCCUUAGCCUCCCCUUCGACCUCUACCGCCUCUGGAAGUACGUACCCUGGGUCUUUGGGGAGCUGGUGUGCCGUCUAUCACACUACAUCAAUGAAGGAUGCACCAACGCCACCAUCCUCCACAUCACAGUGCUCAGCAUGGAGCGAUACCUGGCCAUCUGUUUCCCUUUCAAAGCCAAAGCUGCCAUCACCAAGAGGAAGGUCAAGUAUGUUAUUCUGGCUCUGUGGGGUUUUGCCUUGCUUUCUGCUGCUCCAGUGUUCUUCCUGAUGGGGGUGGAGUACGAGAACGAGACGAUACCUGACCCGGACACGCGGCAGUGCAAGCACACACGCUAUGCCAUUGAAUCAGGGCUGCUGCACACCACCAUUUGGGUGUCGACCGCCUACUUCUUCUGCCCUAUGUUUUGCUUGCUCUUUCUGUAUGGAUCCAUCGGUCGAAAGUUGUGGAAGAGUCGUCAUGAGCUUCAUGGCCCCAAUGCGGCAGCCAGACAGAAGGUCAACAGGCAGACCGUCAAGAUUCUGGCUGUUGUUGUGUCGGUCUUUGCCAUCUGCUGGCUUCCUUACCACAUCGGUCGGUUCCUCUUCACACACGUGGAUGACUACCACUCUGCCCGGCUCAGUCAGGACUUCAAUGUGGCUUCCAUGGUGCUCUUCUAUCUGAGCGCCUCAAUUAACCCCGUCCUCUACAACCUUAUGUCCAACAAGUACCGCUCCGCUGUCAAACGCCUCUUCCUGUUGCCCCACAGGCGCCAUCACGGGCCCAACCAGAGGCAUACCUCGACCCGUGAUGACUUCUCCAUGUGAACAGAGACAUGCAAUGCAGUGAAGGAGACAGAGGAAGGCUUACGGGAACAUCAACCCGGCUGAAGAGGAGCGUAGGCACCUGGGAGAAGUAAAGAAAGUGUGAGCUUCUUGGAUAAGAGCUGAAAUAAUUGGUGUGAUGGAAAUCAAAAAUGAGUUUGGAACUGAUUCACAAUGAGUGGAAAAAGCUUGUGUCAGUGACUGUGCUCGGGGGAAAUGACUCAUAAAUGAAGGGUUUCACACAAAUGCAUAAUAUCACA